AUGAGCUUCAUUGUUCUAGAGCUUUCCUUUUUGAACAUGGAUCGAUUAUCAUCAGUGGAUCUUAAUAAUAGAGUCCUUAGAGUGUGCCGGGUAACGUAUAGUGAAGGCUCAUCGGAGCAGUCGGUCCAAGAACACCAGCGGACGCGCCCUCGCUGUAGAAUUACAGACGAAGAGCUUCGCUCUCUCUCGCUGACAAACGAGCUCAUUUCUAAGUAUAUUGAUUAUGCAGACUUUAUCUACACGGCUAUCCCCAACGCCUACACCAAUGCAGAUGCCAGUAUGCGGAUACUUCGCCAAAAGCCCUUGUUGCUCGCCUCCAAUAUCGAUACCUAUCACGCCCUUAUCACCGAGGUCUCCCUGUCCAAGUCGCCACUCUACAAGUUUCCUGUUCUUUUUCUUUCAACAGCUGUCGUAAUGAAUAUAGCAAAGUCUGCUCUUCUAAGUAGCUUUUCGCAUCCCCUAAAUACUCAGCUCACUGCACUUACCACGUCUCCAACUUUGCACACUGUGAGCGCAAUUGAGACGACCAUUAAUUUUUCAGUCAUGACAGCGAAGCAACAUGAAAAGCGUGUGAAGAAGGACCACAGCAGCGUGUCUGGAGACGUUGGAAUUGAGCCUACGCUCAAGCAGAGCCCACUACUUAGUCACCAGAGCUCCCUGGUCCAGUCAUCUAGUAGCAUGACACGAUCACAAACAGGAAUAACGCUAAAAACAGUCGACGGAACCAUAGAGCUCCUCAAAAUUCUUUUGUCCAAGUACAGGGAUUCAUUCGAGAGGUAUCUGUACUUUUAUAUGUCCCAUACUCUAACUAUACCCAACUUUGAGACAAUGGACAGCCCUCUAAUUCUUAGAGUGGAAGCAGACAGAUAUGUAACUCAAGAAUAUUUGUCUCAACACUGCCCUGACUUGAAGGUACAGCGGAUAAGGCACUCCUUGCAUGGCUUAUCGUUUUUGCUAUUUGAAUCAAUUAGCGAACUAGAUCGGGGGCUAGCCUACUUUUCCGACCAGUUUGCUGUGGCGCAUCCUCCCAAAACCCAGCUUGCUACUCAGGCGCCUGUCGUGUCCCAGUCUCCUAGUUACUUGAUUAACUUCUUUGACAAUCCAUCUCUUACUAAAGGCUUUACCCAGUAUGUCCCACCCAUGCAAGUAUCCAUGUGGCCGAUGACACCGAGAGCCACUGUAUUCCUGAAUAUAAUGGCUCCCGAUCUUACUCAAAGCUUGCACAAUAUAUUUCAACAAAAGCGUGCCAAUAAAGAAGGUCAAUCAAAUGCUUUCCCAUUAGUUCUAAAUAAAUUUUCCAUAGAAACAAUACCCUGCAGUGUCACCAAUCUUGUGAGCAAUAUGCCAGCACAAGAAAAAAAGGAGGACACAUACCGCGUGUCUCUGCAGACAUCGGUUAAUAUAAUGUACCCAUUCCACAUUAGCAUCAAUUCGUCAACACAGCCAAACGAUGCCGUCUAUCAGUUUCUUAUCAAAUCGAAGCAUCUCUCCAAUUGCGUACACUUCACAGAAAGCCAAGCUUUGGCACUUCUAAGGUAUGGAGUGAUCCAUGUGCCCAAGGAUAUAGACCACUCCAUGCACAGUCCAUACUUAUCUCAUGGAUCUCAUCAGCCCCAUGCGCAUGGACCAUCAUAUGGCAGCUAUGGCGGGCAUAGUCAUAACACUUACGCUAACUAUAGUAAUCACCUCAGCACAACGGCCAGCGGCCCUGGGCGACCAGAAGGUGACGCACAUUAUUAUAACACUAACUCUGCUUAUCGGAAGCACAGGCCUCAUCAAGCAUGGAAUACCUCUCCAAGCACUGUAACAUAUACAUCUGGAGAGGGAUCUGCGACGAGUAGACCGUCUCGAUACACCUAUGGACAACCCUCGAGAGAAUACAUUAUGCCUCACUCUAAUGAGGUCGUAUGUAUCCGACUAAAAGGUGCUAAUACAGCCCAGGCAAAAGAUCUGAACUCGUUUCUCGCGUCUCUUAAGCUUCUAGAUCUUUUAGCAUGGAAUAAAUACUGUGUUCUGUCUCGCAGCAAGGGGCCCAUUAUUCGCUCUAGUGCAAAGGGAUUUGGAAAUGACAACUUUUGGCUUCUAGUCUGUGCGAACCACGAAGACGCAACGCGUGUUGCUAGCACGGUGAAUGAUACCAAAUUUAUGAAUUACACACUAAAGUGCGAGAUUAGUACAGAAUCUGUUGAUAUUUCAGAUGCGCAGAGGAGUAUAGCUUGCUUUAUACCAGACAACCUUCCAAAUCCGUGUACGGUGGUUUCCCUCAAAAAGCUUCGAAUACAAGAGCUCAAGCGUAGUGUUGAAUCGAGAAGCAUUGCACAACCAGAUACGUAUCAGGAAUCUCCGAAGGGAAUCGCUCUUUUCUAUGGCGACAGUGCUGCUGCCGAACGAGCCCUAAACUUCUACCGUACUAGAAUAGGUACCACAGAGUGCAUGCUCUUUACUCUGCCGCCUUCAUGGUAUUCAUAG